AUGACCAGAAAAUUAAAUCUCCUACUCCUAGUCGCCACCACCAUCCCCUCCCCCUCGCACGCACAAACUUACCAAAUCGAGCCCUCUCAACUCGUCAACAUUCGCUGUAGCACCAACAACAACAACAAUAAACUUCCCACACCGACAUAUGGCGACAAACACAUCAUCUUCACCAUCUGCGUCGAACGAGAAAUUCAAGCUCCCAUCACACAAGUCUACAACACCCUUCUCGAUUUUCGCCUCUACUCGGAUUGGAAUUCUUUCGUUAUAGAUGUCCAACCCUCCUCCUCCUCUAGUGGAAAUGUGGAGGGGGAGAUACCUCGGGGUCCCGCACCGCUGGGAACUAAAGUGAAAUUUAUUACGCGAGGUCUGAUUGGGUCGUUGAAUACUACUUCGGAGGAAAUUGUUACUGUUGAUCAGAAGGAUAUUUUUUCUUCUUCUUCUUCUGCGGAAGGGACCUCUUCGGAGGGGACGGCUUCGCGGCAUGCGAUUAAUGCGUGGAGAUAUGAUGGGGUGGGACAACGGGCUGAACAUCCGAAUGUUUUGACGGAUUUGGGAGAGAGAGGGACGAGGUAUGUGAGUUUUGAGUCGUAUUAUGGGCUUUUGGCGCCUGUGACGGAGGUGUUGAAGGGGAAAUUGAAGAGUGCGUUUGAGGCGCAGGCGGAUGAUUUGAAGAGGUUUGUUGAGGGGGGGAGGUGA